AGCUCAGCAGCAUCCAGACCAGAAGCGAUGUCUCGCUCCUCCGUGCUCCCCUUGAGCGUCCUGGGACUCCUCGCCCUCUCCUCCGCCUGCUACAUCCAGAACUGCCCCCGGGGAGGCAAGCGAGCCCUGGCCGAGACUGCAGGAAUCAGACAGUGCAUGUCAUGCGGGCCCGGGGAAAGAGGCCGCUGUUUCGGCCCCAACAUCUGCUGCGUGGAGGGCUACGGCUGCCUUCUGGGCUCCCCGGAAACAACACACUGCGUGGAGGAGAACUACCUGCUCACUCCCUGCCAGACCGGGGGGCGACCCUGCGGAUCUGAGGGGGGCCGCUGCGCCGCGUCGGGAAUCUGCUGUAACUCCGAGAGCUGUGCAGUGGACUCCUCAUGCCAGGGGGAGUUUGAGGCGGAGGAUCCGGCCCAAACCUCUGCAGGGAGCUCACCUGCAGAGCUGCUUCUGCGCCUUCUCCACGUUGCCACCAGGAGACAGACUGAGUACUAAAACGCUGUGUGCCCCUGCAAAUUACUUAAAUGCC